AUGGAACAGUCGUAUUCAGUGCAAAGUCCCUCGGAUCAGUCGGUUCAACCGCACGUUAUCCAAUUCCUACAGUCCUUCUACGCCAUCUCCGACACUCCCGACGUGACCGAGAAGUAUGUGGACAUGUUCACAGAAGACGCGACAUUCGUGGUCGCCUCCAAGAAAGCCUCGGGACGUUCAGAGAUCACCACGCUGAGACAAGGCAUGUGGGAUGCCGUUGCCUCGCGUAAGCACACGCUUCAGAAGGUCUAUCCUUUUGGGUCAGGCUCGGAUGAGAUUAUGUUGCACGGGUCAGUGGCGUUGGAGCUCAAGAAUGGCGGCUCGGCAGAUAUUGAAUGGGCGGGGAGAGCCGAGCUGGAGAAGAGUGCGGACGGCAAGUAUCGGCUUAAGUUUUAUCAGGUGUAUUUGGAUACUGGUGCUGCAGCAGCUUACAAGAAAUAG